AUGAUUGUCUCCAGAAAGGUUCCCCCUUCCGAAUACGCGUCUGGCGAAACUCCAACAAAAACUGUGGCUUUGAAAAGAUUGCAAUCUUCGGAUGAGCAUCAAACAGCAGCGAAAAGACCCACGCUUGCAGGUGGCCAAAAUGCUUCGUAUCCGUCGAUUACGUCGACCCCUUCAAAAGUCGAUAGGGUCCUUCACAUUAUCGCUCUUCGCAGAGCAGAGGACAUCACCACAAUGAGAAACUCGAAAAGUUAUGAUUAUCAAAGCAAUAAUAUUGCUCAUCUCCUCAAUAAUCGUAUGCUCUAUACGGAUUUCGGGACGCAAGUGCGUAGACGUCUGCAUGCCUCACCGCCUUUUAUACAACGUCUGGAACAGGAUUGCAUACUCAAGGGUCAUGAAGGUUGUGUCAAUUGUCUAGAAUGGAGUAGUGAUGGUCGUAUUUUAGCCUCUGGGUCCGAUGAUUUUCAAUUGAUUCUAUGGAACCCCUUUAAACAGAAACGUUUACAGACGAUACACACGAAACAUUUGGGGAAUAUGUUUUCGGUUAAAUUUCUACCCAAAUCCAAUGAUAGUUUAAUUGCCACAGCGGCUGCUGAUAAGACCAUAAUGCUGUUUGAUAUUAACUCAUCGUCGCCCUAUGAAUCGUUGUUUAAAUGUCAAUGUCAUGGUUCGAGGGUGAAACGUUUAGCCACCGCUCCCGAUUCGCCAUUUAUAUUUUGGUCCGCUGGUGAAGAUGGCUGUGUCUUACAAUUGGAUCAUCGUGAGAAGCAUGUCUGUCGUUCGCCCAGCAAUAGUGUUAGCCUUAUUAAUUUGACAGCCUAUAUUGAUCCUAAUGCUGAGGCCAAAUGUAUUGCUGUUAAUCCCAUACGCACCGAGUAUAUUGCUGUGGGUGCCAAUGAUCCAUAUGCCCGGAUUUAUGAUAGACGUAUGCUAAAGACGUUUUCAUCGUCUUUGAAUGGUAAGGGGCUCAACAGGGCAUGGAUUAAAAAUGGCGAUAUACCCAAAGAAUGUGUCACCUAUUAUUGCCCGGGACAUAUUAGUAAAAACAACAGCAAACGUAUUGAACACGAAUCGCGAGCAAUAACAUAUCUAACGUUCAAUGCCACCGGUACCGAACUGCUAGUCAAUAUGGGAGCUGAACAUAUUUACAUUUACGAUCUGUACAAUGCUGAGCAACCGGUAUUUUUAAAUUUACCCGAAUUCAAGGCACCCCCAACACCGCCACCAUCUUCAAAUGAAACAGAUUCCUCGGAUACAACAACAACAACUUCAAAGGACCAACAGCAGCAGUCGGCAGCAAGUCAUAAUCGCCGCAAACUGCCCGAACAAAUUGAGGAGUAUAAAAAAUGGGGUAAUGAAUUUUUGGAAAAUGAAAAAUAUUAUCUGGCGAUACGCACCUAUUCCGAUGCCAUACGUUUGGCUUCGUUUGCCUCACCGGUGUUGUAUUUAAAUCGGGCCACAGCCUAUAUGCGCAGGCAGUGGUUUGGUGAUAUCUAUGCUGCGUUAAGGGAUUGCCAUACGGCACUGCGUCUGGAUCCCUACUAUGUCAAAGCGCAUUUUCGUUUGGCCCGUUCGCUGUUGGAAUUGGGCCGGCCGCAGGAUGCUGAUGAGUGCCUAAAGGAAUUGAUACGUCGCUUCCCCAGCUAUGCCAAUAAUCAUGGGGUACUAAUGUUGAAUAAGGAUAUUAAAGAGAAUCGUCAAACAACACCGUCCCAUCAACAGCAACAACAACAAUCGGCUGUGGCAGAUUUGCUGGCUCGUGGCGAAAUGUCCGAUGAGGAAUUCUAUUGGCGUUGUAAGGCCAAAGACUACAAGGAGCGAUUUGUGGGCCAUUGUAACACUACAACAGAUAUAAAGGAGGCAAACUAUUUUGGCUAUGAUGGUCAGUACAUUGUGGCCGGUUCGGAUGAUGGUAACUUUUUUAUAUGGGAACGGAAAUCGGGUAACAUCCAUAGUAUCUAUAAGGCUGAUAGUGCCAUUGUCAAUUGUGUUUUGCCGCACCCGGAGCUGUGUCUAAUGGCCACAUCGGGUAUUGAUCAUGACAUUAAGAUAUGGACACCCAUGAAGGAUGAUGACAAACCGAAUUAUGUCGAUCCGUUGGGGCGUUGUGUCGAGGAGAAUCAAAUGAAAAUGAAAACCGAUCCAUUUGCCAUUAAUAAUCGGGCGACAUUUUGUUGGAAUGGAUAAUGUUGGAAUAUAUGUAGUAUUUAGGGGUCUAUUUUUUGU